AUGUUUGGAACAUUACGUUCAAAUUCGCUCCGAAACACUUCAAAAAUUUUCCGUCAUGUGCGUAGAUACGCAUCACAAUUUCUCAAUCAGGUGAUUCAAAUGCAACAUACGGAAAUCUGUGCUGAUCCUCCUUCCCGUGCCUUAGUAUUGGGCGUAUACGCCGACGAGGAUGAUAGCCAUGACGCGGGCAUUCUAACACCGGCGGCAUGGCGAUAUAACGUUUCAAGAACGAAUGGUCGCUUAAUUGAAGUACUGCGAAUGUCCGGACCUUUGCCUAGGCGUGGGGAGGCCAGAAUUCUAUUUGCACAGGAAGUUGAAAAAGUACCAUAUUAUUCCGCCGUAGCUGUGGUGGGUUUGGGUAAAGAAUGUCUGGGCUAUAAUCCUUAUGAAAUAAUCGACGAACAAAAAGAAGGCAUACGACGAUCAGUAGCUAAGGCAUGCAUGGACCUGGCACUUUUAAACACAAAUAGGAUUGAAGUCGAGAACUGUGGCCACGCAGAAUCUGCCGCUGAGGGUGCCGCGUUAGGUGUUUGGGCCUAUCAAGAAUUGCGAAACAGAGACAAUCGCAUACCUGUACCUACGGUUGACUUGUACACUACCAAGGAGGAAGUCUGCGAUCUUGAAGGAUUCCGCAUUGGACUUCAGAAAGCAGCUGCUCAAAAUUUAACACGUCAAUUACAGGAAAUGCCUUCGAACAUUUUAACGCCCACUUCGUUUGCCCAAAAUGUGGUUGAGGUGUUGUGUAAAUCGGGUGUAAACGUAGAGGUCAAAGUCGAAGGGUGGGCCGAAAGCCAGGUGAUGAAUGCUUUUUUGUCCGUGGGGAAAGCUUCAUGUGAGCCGCCAAUCUUUUUAGAGCUUAGUUAUUAUGGCACAGCGGCUGAUGAAAGACCGAUUGUAAUGAUUGGUCAGGGCAUAACAUAUGAUUGCGGUGGACUUUGCUUGAAAUCAAAGGACCAAUUAUAUGUUAAGCGCGGUGAUAUGACGGGAGCUGCUGUAGUUGUUGCAACUUGCAGAGCCAUAGCAGCUUUACGUUUGCCGGUUAACAUAAGAGGUCUUGUUCCACUUUGUGAAAAUGUUUUGGGUUGCAACUCAUUUCGUCCAGGAGAUACUGUAAAGUGCAUGAAUGGCAAACACAUAAAAAUUCAAGGCACCGAUCAAGCAGACGUUUUAAUAUUGGCUGACACUCUUCUGUAUGCUCAAAAUUUUUGUCCUAAAUGCAUUGUCGAUGUAGGUACUAACUCAUGGCAUAUGCGCGAAGUAUUGGGAGAGGCUGCUUGCGGCGUUUUUACAAAUUCGGAAAUUCUAUGGCAGCAGAUUAAACAUGCUAGCAUGCAUACGGGCGACAGAGUUUGGAGAAUGCCGCUAUGGGAAUAUUACACGCAACUAAUAAGAGGUGGCAUGUCGUCUGACGUACAAAAUUAUGGUGCAGGCCGGGGCGGUAAGCCCUGCAAAGCUGCUGCAUUUUUGCGAGAGUUUGUUCCUUGUGGUCAAUGGAUGCACAUGGAUGCAACCAAUGUAAUGACCACCAGGGGCACAACUUUUGAAUACUUACGGGCAGGAAUGGCAGGUCGCCCUACACGUACCUUAAUUGAAUUUAUCGCUCAGACAAUAUGCGCCGAUACGGCCCCCAAAAUGCCCAAAAAAUAA